AAUUCACAGGACAAAGCAUACUCUACUAGACCGGCCCAUGGGUUGUGACGGAAUUUAGAAGCCCACAGUGCAAUCAGACGACCAGCAGAAUGGCUGGAUUGCUAAUUGAUUGCAUCACUCCACCAUGGAACCGUCCACAGCAGAUCCGGAUACACAGGUUGAGGUAGAUCUUAUGAUACUGGAUUAUCUCCUGUGCAUGGCCAUUGGCCAAGUCUUGGACCCCGGGAAAGGUGAAGAGGCACAGCAUGCACCUGAAGAUGACACUAGCUGGUGUCUCGAUACGAUCAACACCAUCAAGACUGCACUCCUACCAUCGGAUAUUAUUCCCAAGGACAUGCAGAUAAAAACCCAGAUACUAGAACUUGCACAAUUGCUCAGUGAUGGAAAUGGAAAUCCAGAGCUAACCAGAGGGCUCGCUGCCGAACUGUCUCAGGAGGACCAGCGCAGGAGUCCAAUAACACAAUCUGGAAGAAGCACCCCCAAACCAUACCAGCCCCGUGCAAGCGAUAAACUAUGCGCCCAUGAUAGCCGGGUUGUCGCCUCUAAUAGAUCAUACAAUGCGCUAAUCCGAUUUGUCACACUUUGUGGUACUGCGAGAGACAAUUUACCAGAUGGACACGCUGAUAUUGCCGCGAGAUUAAUAACCCAAGCUGCACUGAACGAGUGUCACACGGCGGAUGUUAAGGCGCCAGGCGGGUACAGAGAAUGCAUUGAACGUGUCACUGCGUGCCUGCGCGAAGCCUUGGACCCGUAUGCAGAGAAGGUAAACAUAGCAUACCUAAGCACCCUCCUACCAUCCAUCGACCUUGCAUCAGCCGAGUUGGAAGGAACUGGGCGGAAGUCACCACGUGGAGAUACUAUUACCCGCACGAUACAUCGUUUCCUGACCGACCUUAUGAAGACACUAGACCCUCCAAUACUCAUUCAACUCGAGAGAGGAAAACUUGCAGGACUGAGCCGCGAAGAGACCCAGCAGUUGAAGGAUAGGAUAGGGUUUUGAUAGUAGUGAACGUUAUGGCAUGUACGUACAUGGUAAUUCAAGCCAAAGUGUUAGAAUCCCACGACAACCAUAGGCAGCAAUGAAGCUU